UCCUUCAUUCUCGUCUUCGGUCUUCAGAAGCGACGCUACUACUACAGGGAGAAAUGUUUUGGGCGGUGUAAUGGCGCAGCGGGGAAAUGCUUGACUAACGUAUAGAAAUCGAAUAAAUAAAUAGCUAAUAGCAAGCAGAAGGUUGAAGGAAGAUGCUGAAAGGCGUCAUCUCUCCCUGCGCGGGAGGAGGCAGUGGUCAGCUUCCUCCUGUAUUCUACUAGAAGAAAAUCUCACCACAGGGCUCUGUGGGCGCCCGGAGUCGGAAUCGACUAGAUAAAUAAAUAAUAUUGGGGGCGUGGCCUGUUCAACAGAUUUUCGCAGACCUAAUAUAAGAAAUACCAGAGGUACCAGGAUUAGCCAGUCGAGUUUUGAGACGCUAGGAAGUGCGCCAGGACUGAAGCUUCUCCACUGAGGGAACUUUAGAAGGGAAGUGGGGGGAGGACCCGGCUCCCCGGGAAUGCCCACAAAAUUGAUUUUUUUAAAAAGCCAAAACUUUAUCCCCCACCUCACCCCCCGCCGCCACCGCAAACUACAGAGUGAUCUCCUCAAAUUCACCUCGCAUCUGUGAUAGGGAGCCGUUUGCUCCGACUGGGGCAGAAUUCCAGCCUUUGGCAAGCUUUAAUCGUGGGACGAUUUGCCUCUCUGAACCGCGAGGUGUUUUGAAAGUGCUGCAGAGAUCCGUCAAAAGGACGUGGCUGGACAGAACACCUCUCAAGGAAACUGGCCUGACCUUGGAGGUGAAAAAACCAUCACUGAGUCAUCAGAAUGUGUGCCCAGCCCGAAGAAAAUGAAGGUUGAAUGCUUUGCUAAAACAGAUGAAAUGAUUAGUUCCAACUGUGGUACCCGGGUUGCCCAGCAAGCCAGUCCCUCUGAGGCCAGCAAGACCGAGUGCCAAACAACCCCCUGCCCUAAGACACCAUCUCCCCAGAAAUGCAGUCCUGGAAUAGGACAGACUUCUUCUUCUUCAUUUAAUGUAUCUUUUGGGAGGCUUCCUAGCCCACAAGUUACACGUCGAUCCUUGCGUCGCUGCAGUCUAAAGCAGGGCACUAGUCGCCGGAAAUCACUGCCCCCUCUUCAAGCAGAUAUUACUGAACUAAGCAAAGCAAUCAGUUUGGACUUGCCAGAGGCAGACAGGAUGAUAGAACUUCUCCUCUCCAGCUUCCAGUAUUCUGCCGAGAAACUUGAGUACUCCUUAAGGCAGACUGAAGGUUUUAAUCCUGAAACUUUUGAACAAAAAGUGAACUUAAUUUCUGAAGAGCUGCGGCACUGCGUCAAGAGACUGAAACUAGAUGGAACUCUACAAAAAUGCCUGGAGGACCCCAGAGGAGGUUCAUCAGAUCCUGCAUUGGAUAAAUCGAUUGCUGUCUUAAAGGAGAACAUAGCCAGAUUCUCUGCGGAAGAUCAAGCUUGGGAUCAGCUCCUUCUUUCCUACCAGAAACGUGCUGAAGAAAUAUCCAGGCAGCUACAGGAGUACAAGCUAAAGCAAGUGUCAGAGGAGCCUUUUAGCUAUCUUGGAACAUCCCAGGCCCAUGUGCUUCAAGCCAAGCCAGACUACCAGAAAAUAUUGGAUUGCCAAGAAAAGGUUUUUGAUUGCAUGGAGCUAGUGCUGGAUGAGAUACAUCAGGUGGUGAAAAUUUGUCAAGUAUAUACAGAAGACAUUACACGGUAUCUUCAGAAGCUGUCGGUGCAACUUGCAUCGAGGACUUUCCAGAGAUUAGAAAACUCUCCAGCACGGAAACUGCUCAGGCUUCCCCAGACAAAGCCGUCUUUACCUCAGCCUCCAGAAGGGUAGAGGCAGCUGCAUUUAUGUCCUGUUUUGUAGGCCUUGCUGAUGCCGCUGAUGGCCAGUUCUCAACGCCAUCUUCCUCCUGUGGAUUUCUUUUCUUUUCUGUCUGACUUGAGCUACACUUUAGGGGUGAUGCCAUUUUUGCCUCACAGUUGAGGGUGACAGAUAUAAAAAGAUGUGUUAUACUCUUGGUCAGAUCCUUGCCUGACAGUAAUACUUCCAUUCCACCAACCAAGUUGCUCUUGCUCAGUGUAGUUCCAACAAAGCACAAUGCAUUCAAUCUAUUUGGAACAUAGCAGGAGAUCACAGUCCCUCCACUCCAUUAUGCAGGAAGAAGAAAAGAACACUUAUCUCUAGUUUUCCCUCCCAGUACGUGACAAUUUCAUUAGCUUGUAAGAAAAGAGCCCUUUUCUGCCUUGGACACUUGGCAGUGACUAUAGACUGCUGCUUUUUGUGCAAACACAUAUAUUAAUAGUGCAACACCAAGAGCUUAGUCACAAAACCAAAAACUGGCCAAAUUUUCAAUGCUGUCUCCUUCAUCUAAAUGCAUCCUUCCCUUUUGAUGUUGCACUUCUGAUGUGCAACAUCAGAAGAACGUGUGCAACAUGUUCUGAUGUUGUACAUCAGAAGUGAAACAACCCUCUGAAAAAGAAAACAGGCUUGUGACAUUUUUCUUCAUGGAACUUUUAAAUCUUCAUCUCUCACAGUACACAGUAUUUCUUUCUACCUCCUUGGAUUGUUCCUCUUAUGGGUUGCAAAUCUGUCCAGUUUGAACUCCAAGAAGCUAUGUUCUUACAACAGUGUUUGUAGUUCUCUCAUCCUGAGCACUUUUAGAAUUAAAUUUAAUUGCAGUGAAA